GCCGCCGUAAAGCGAAGCGGGGAAGAUGGCGGCGCGCUGUGCGGGAGGUUCGGGUAGCGCCUGGGUGCGGGGGCUCCUCGGCUGGGUGCGGCCGGAGAGGUGGUUUGCAGCUGGUAGCGCUUUCCCGCUGUCAUGCAUCCACACAAGUGCAUCCCUGCAGAAACUUGGGAAGUGGGAGAAAAAGAACAGGAUUGUUUACCCUCCUCAGCUGCCCGGGGAACCUCGCAGACCAGCUGAAAUAUAUCAUUGUCGGAGGGAAAUAAAAUACAGCAAAGAUAAGAUGUGGUAUCUGGCAAAACUGGUUAAAGGAAUGUCCAUUGAUCAAGCUCUUGCUCAGUUGGAAUUUAAUGAUAAAAAGGGUGCAAAGGUGAUCAAAGAGGUUCUCUUAGAGGCUCAGGAAAUGGCAGUAAGAAAUCACAACGUGGAAUUCAAAUCAAAUUUAUAUAUAGCUGAGUCACUGGCAGGCAAAGGCCACUAUACAAAACGGAUCCGUUACCAUGGAAAGGGGAUGUUUGGCAUCAUGAAAAUCGUCAAGUGCCACUAUUUUGUGAAGUUGGUGGAAGGGCCUCCUCCUCCUCCAGAGCCACGAAAGACUGCUUUUGACCAAGCAAAAGAAUACGUGCAACAGCUGCGCAAUAGAACCCUUGUUCACACACUGUGAUGGACUUUUGUGACUGCCUAGGUACUUCUUGUUUGACAAAGUAGUUAUGUAAAAUAAACCUAAAACAUGUUUUUAUUAUGUUUUGUUGCUGUUGGAGCUGAAUGAUGCAAGAAUGAUCAUAGAUCUCUUAUUUGUCAAGCCUAAGAUGUGCAAAAAUGUUGGAAGGGCAGCAACAGAUUCAACAGAUGUUACUUUCUGAGUUACUUGGACUACAGCUUUCAACUUCUGUGCUAUCAAAUCCAGGGGAAACAAUGCACUUAAAACUUGUUGGGAAUUCUUUCAUGCAGUUCAUGCAACUCUGUUAUGUACAUUCUGGGUCUUUAUUGUAGCAAUGUACAAUUGGCAGACAGGUUGCACGAGUUGGAGUAAAUUUACCAGAAUUGGACAUGGGAAAGUAGCCACAACAGUUCAACAGAAGUGACAUCAGUCUUGGAUUUCAGGCAUCAAUUAAUGAUUCCUUUAUCUGGGCUGUAAUGCCACCUCCUUACUGUCUCUGUUGUGCACUGUAGGCAUUGUGGGGAGUGAAAAAUUCCAAGUUCAGAUUUUGGCAGUGUCAGUAGGUGGCAAUGUUUAGUUUGUCAGGGAGGGACGUGGUAGUGAAAACUUGCAGCACACUGAAACCGUUCUGAAUUCUGACCGUGGCAUUAAUAGUCUGAUGUGUGUGUGGAGUUCAUGCUGUUCUCUGUGGAAACUCAAUAUGAGUAGUGGAGAGUGAACUAAUUAUACUGUCUGGGAGCAAAUCGCUUUUGUAAUGUUGAGGGAAGUAAAAUGCUGUAUGGAUUUAAUGUGGAAUGGCUUGUUGCAUGCAUGAACCAGACCUCCAGUUCUCUGGAGGGAAAAAAAAACAAACCAAAAAAACCCAAUAUCCUAUUUUUUUUUCAUUACUGUAAUUAAGAGGAAAAAGUGGUGAAAACAUCUUCACGCUGUCAUGUUUUCACCCAGGUGAAAAUCAGAUCAUGGACAUUGGCAUAAAAAGAAUUAUAGUUGCUUGUUUAUGAAAAUAUCUGAUAUUUAGACCUUUUCAUUCUGAGAGCAUUAGUGGAAGAUUGAUUGCUUACCUCAUUUGGGUCUUUUUACCACACUGACUGAAAAUUUCAUCAGUGCUUGAGUGGUGGUAAAGGGACAGUUUGUAAGGAAACAAAUUCUUAGCUGUCUUACAACAAACAAAACAAAUUCUUAGCUGUCCUAUUGGAAGUGGCCUACAGCUGUUUCUUUUGGCUCCUGAGGAAACAAUUUACAGUACAGGAGUGUUAAGGGAUUGUGAAGUCAUACAGAUACUUACAUGGCUCCUACUACUAAUGGUGCUUAUUUGCCCUCUGUUCUUGCAUGGUGUGCUUGCAGACGCAGUACUUGUUCUCAUGGAGGGUUGUCAGUGAUCUGGGAGAAGAUUAAGGAAUUGGAAGAUAAUCCAUACUUAACAGCACUCGUGAUUUAAGCAUGUAAAACCUGACUUCUAGAUAACCUCUUUCAGGAGAAAGCUGUAGAUUUCCCUUCAAAUCCCUUUGGACUCCAGACAAGAUUGUAUAAUUGCUCUCAUUUUCUCAGAAAACUGGAAGAGAAGUGAGAACGUGGCUGAUGUCUUUUCCACCUUCAUGAUGCAGCUGCUGGCCCUGACACUUCCUAAAAUGGCCUUCAGUCAAAAGGCAAGAUGCAACCACAGAAGUGGUUGUUGCUUGUCAUUUCUGUCAUCUUUCUCAAAACAAAAAAUAGCAAGACUUUUUUGGCCAUGCUUUACAGGCCCCAUCUUAGCUGCUUUUUCCUUCUGAACGAUGUAUAACAGUGGAUCCUUAUGGUAUUGGCCAAGGAAGAUCCACAUCCUUGGCUGUAACAGUACGUUGGGAGGUCUGGUGAGAUACAGAGCUUGAACUGACUUGAUUCUUCUCCUUUGCUUAUAGGAGGGUAGAAGUGUCUAAAGUGAUUUAUGGAGCCUGCCUGGGUCUUGAUUUCAGUACAAUCUAGUGAUAAAGCUUUAUACUGUCAAGUUCUAAAUAUAAAAUUGUUUCUCAUUUAUUCUGCUGUGCUUUCUUACUAAUUAGUAAAUCUAUGCUCGUGAGAUGGAUUCAGAAGGAAAGCGCUGUUAAUUGCAACAAGUCUUUUGCAGAAGAUGAUUGUUUAUUCCUGUGACCUCCAAUAAAAGAACAGCCUUAAAUGAGCUGUCAUCAGACGGGAUGGGAGAGGCACCUAGGCCUCUACUUGAUGCUAAUUUUAUUAAUAGCAUCUGGGGCACUGUAAACUCACCACUUGUGUACCUGUGUGCUGAUGUUACAGAAACUGCAGCAGGAGCAAGUAUGCGUGAAGGUGUAGUAAGGCUUCAGGGAAAUCUGAGGAGAGCAGAACUGUGAGCUGUGCUCAGCAAUGUGAGAUUUAAUUGAUGAAAGCUUGAAAACCUGCUGUUGGGCUUGUUCAUAAACAUUUUGAAGUACUCGCUGAGAAAGUCAAAGUACUUUUGCCAAUUUGAUGUGCUGGAUGUGCUAUGAAUUUUUGUUUGUUUUACCUUUUUAGAACUCUAUGGCAAUUACUGAGGAGAUUAUUAAUGAAUCUUUCCUAAACCUACCUUUGGAUGUAGUGUUCAUGAGCUUUCUGAAAAACACAGAAGAUAAAUCUAAGUGUGAUUAAACAAUGGCCUGUUGUGGCUGGAAUGGCACACGGCACAGAUCUGCCCAGUGCUUCAGCUGUGCUGCAGUACCUGGAAUAAACUUGACUGGACCAAGGUCAUACAGCAUAAAGCUUCUGAUUAACUCUGCUUGCACAAAUAUGGGAGCUGGGUAAGAGUGCUGCCUCCUCAGCAUCUAGAUGCUUGGGAAGUCCUUUGUUCAACAGGAGCAAAUGCCCAGUAGGUAUUACUCUUUGCUUUCUGUCAGUCCCCAUGAAAACCCACCGGUGGGAUGCUGGAAGGUCAUUUGCAAACAGUUCUUUUCUAAAUAGGAGUAAGGUUACUCCUAAUGUCUUCGAUGAACCAUGUGAACAAAGUGUGACAUUCUUCACUAUGAUCUGCAGUUCUCUUGAAAAUGCCCCUAUUCCUAGCUUUUUAAAGAACAAGUCUUUAUAGCUGAAUGACAGCUACCCAGCUCCGCUUCAGCCAUGUAAUUUAAAAUAAUUACUAAUUAAACAAAAUACAAGACUGUAACAGUGCUAAUAGUCACAUGAGUUACUGUUUGCUGGAGCCUUACCUGGGGAAAAUAACUUGAGGGGAAAGUUGCAGGAACUGUUGUCAGGAACUGACUUUUGAGUACUUAGACUGGAGUAAGGAACAAGAUAUCUCUUGGGAGUAGACAGCAAAUGCAGAGCUAAUUUUAUAUUUGCUCUAUCAACUCUCAUUUCAAGGAAGUUAUGUGCUAGUACAGAGGGCAGCCUGCCAUUGAGCAGAACAAGCCAAGGAGAGAGUAACUUUACAUCAGGCAAAUUAUGCAUCCAUCUCAGAUUAUUAACUGAGGAAAUGAAUCUGAAAGUAUGUAAUACGCUUGAAGAGCUGAGUGUUCUUGCACCUAAAGACAAAAUAUGGGUCAGAGCAUUUGCUUUACUAUCUCAUGUGGUAUUUCUGUGUAUUGCUUAAUUAUACAACCAUCGACUUUUGUACGGCAGAGUUAAGUUACCUAAAUUCACUUCAUUUUUUUUCUUUUACCAAAAAUAAUGAAUUGUAGUCUUAAACAACAUCUUCUUAUGAUGUAUUUAUUUUAAAUUAAUUUGGAGUGGGAACAUUUUUGACACUGCAUUGGGUCACUAAUGUGACUAAUAAUCAUUUGAAACCUGCAAAGGCUUCUCUGGGUGCCUGUACUGAUACUGAGCUGCUCUCUGUGCAAACUUCUUGCAACGCUCAGCCUCAAAUCAUACUCUGUUGAUGUAAUCCUUUGUUCCAUGGUGUGGUGUUAUGGAGAAAUGGUUGAUUAUCACAUUGUAGAUGUUGCUGUCAGAUCACCCUGUGGAACUUCUUUUUGGCAGGAUGAACAAGCCCAACUUCAGCCUUUCUUCAUAAAUCCAGUUCUCCAGGCCUGGUGCUGUACGCUUUCUAGUUUUUUCCCCUCUCUGUUGCUCCGGGAAGCCUGAAACCAAAUUUGAUGUUCCAGGUACACCUCUGCCAGCACUAACUGGAGGGGGAUAUCUCCCUUCUGUCUGCUGGCCAUGCUUCCUAUAGAGCCAGAUAUGCAGGUUGUUGUAUCUGUGAGAGAGUGUUGUUGGCUCGCAUUCAGCCUGGUGCUCAUACAACUCUUAGGUCCUUUUGAGAUUGCUUGUCAAAAUUGCCGCAGGUACCUUUGACACUUGUGUUCCAGCUCUCAUUGCUUUUCUAUAUACACUAGUGCAGACUGCUUCACUGCCGGGAAAUGAUUCUGCUGUGUGGGUGAUGAUCUUUCUUUCUUUCUCAACAGGAGAGCUGCAGAACUGUGUUCUGGCUUCAGUUAUUAAUCAAACUCUUAGGCAAACUAAGAGUGGAAUAAAAGCAUUUAUACACGUUGUUGUGGUUAAACUCCAUCAAUGUAUGCAGCUCGGAGGCAAUGAAAUGUGUCUUCAUCUCUCCUGUCAAUUAUCUUCAGAGGAAGACAAACAUAGGACCUUACUGUAUGCUGGCCAUGUAAAUUAAAGCUUUAAUUAAAAGAAAACAGAGUGGACUAUGAGGUGUGCUGCACUGAGCCAUUAAAAGACUGCUGUGCAGGACUAGCUCUUCUAAAUGUCCCCAGCACCUUGCCUUAGUUUUCCCUGCUUAAAAUUCCCAAUAGUGCAUUAAGAUGAACUCAGUAGUUAGUAAAUUUUCCCUUGUGUGGUUUACAAGCUCAAGGUUAUGGGCUAGAACAAGCAGUGUCAUGCUAUAAAUCAGGUGUAAUGGAACAGCUUCAGAGCAUGCACAGAAGUCCUGUUUCCCCUUGUGCAGUGUGUCCUAAAAUUCUGAAGGUAGAGUUGGCACAAACCCAGAAACCCCCCAAAUGGCUAAUUGUAUUAUUAAUAACGAGUCUCAUCCUGCUACCCUCUCUUGUCUGAACUGAAGAGUACUGGAAAGCACUUCCAGGGCUGCAAAUCAGAAAAGAAGCUUUCAGGAAAAGGAGGAGGCAGCUGAACUCCACUGUGGUGCAGCAUGGAUGAUGGGACCUCCUUCCAGCAAGUAAAUGUUUUUUGUCAACGUGCUUUGUCAUAACUUACGUGGCUUUAGUUGUCAGCUCUUCCUUAUGGUUCCUGUUAUUAAAAGAUAUCUUUUAUAUUUUUUUUCUUUCAGGCCUGCAGUGUGUCUCUAGUUCAGCGCAUCUAAGUGAUCAUCUGUCUUUAAAUAAGAACCUGCCUGCACAGCUGGGAAAGCAGCCUUCAGUUAGGCAGCAGGACCGGGCUCAGGGCUUGACUCGGGUCAGUGUUGUGUCUGAAGGCCUUCUGGGUGGGUUCUUAUUCUGUUGGCUCAGAGCAUGAGCAGUAGCAACCUGUGACCCUCUGUGCCAUGGCAGAGGCACACUGAACCUAUAGCAUAGUUAUUGCAAGAAAAAGACAAACUGCAAAUACUGAACCUUGAGCUGGAAAGGUUUAGUCACCAGAGGUGAUCUCAAAAUGCUUAGAUAACAGCAGCAGCAGAACUCUUUUGUAAUGGUAGACCUGUACCUAUGCUCUAUCUAUCUAUGUUCUCUCUUCCCUGUCCACUGGGGAAGCAUCCCAAGAUCUUGGUUUGCAGUAACCUUUUUAAAAUAAUACUUGCUAAGCUUUUAUCCUGCCUGUGGCCAUUGGUGUUAGAUGGUGUAGAACUGUGGAUGAAGGGAGAUGGCCCUUUUUGACUGAGAGACUGCGUGUGAAACAACUGGAACUGGAGUGUGGUGCAGUUAUGUCUCUUACGUACAAAACUAUAUAGAAACUUCUAUUGGAGAUCAUAGCAAUACCAUGUAAACUAUUGGCUAAAUAGAUACAAACAUCUGCAUUUGUCCCUAGUGUGCCACGUUUCAAAGCAGAGAAUCUCAUUCGUUCUCAUCAAGCAGUUGAUUUUUCAAGGAUGCUCUUAAUUUUUAUUUUCCUUUUAUUACCUGUCUCUUUUGCUAUGCUCACUACUUUUGUGGGGAUAGGUGCUUGGAAAGCAACUGCUAUUCAUUCUUCCACCUGUUCUCAUUCUGGCAAUGUCUGUUGUUUUAAAGAUGUCUGUUUUCAGAGUCUGUGCUGGGAAUGCGUUUCUUUUCCUUGUAUUUUGAGAGAUUUGUAUUUUUAAUGGGUAUUUAUUUUAGCUAUCACAUGGUAGAUUUAUUAAUUUGAUAAUCUGUCAGUAAUGCAAGCAGUCGUUUCCGGUCCUGAUCUAGCAUGCAGGGAUUUCACUCAUUUAACAGUUUGGCUUUUGGAUCAGAUAGCCAUUGGAGGUAAAUCCUGCAGUGUGCUGAGUGCUCUGAACACCACUGGAACUGGGAGCAUUGGUAACUUGCAGGGAGCCUGCAGUGUCCUUAAGGACUGUGCUCUUAGCAGCUUUCUUUACACUUGGAGCAUAUGAAUAAGUUACUGUGCAGUGCACGUCUUUACUUGCUAGACCAUAUCCUUUAAUAUGAUUUCUCUCUGAUAAGUGAGACUUCUUGAUGAAAUUUUUGCAAUGACUGCUUAUGCUUGUUUAACCCUUUUUGGGUUUCUUGCUAGUUCUUCUCUGUGCUCGUCUCCUUUCACAUGAAACAAAAGUAUUCUUCCUUUUUCAAGGACUGCUGCAUUGAACUUGGUUGGAAAAUGGGGUGUGCAUAAUAAAUGCUUUCAUAAAGUGACACUUCUUGAAAGUAGGUUAGAGAUGUUAUGUUUGGGGCCAAAAUUCUAGGUUUCAGAUGGCUGAUAACACAUUUUCCCAAUGUGUUGCCUGGCAUAGCAGGGGAAUAGGGAUGCUGAUCCAAGGGUGCAUCAUACACCAACAGGGUGAACUGCAGCAGCAGCCCCAGCAGUAUGUAGUUCUUUGGCACAGCUGUGGCUUUGGCAGGCCAGCACUCAUGGCAUUGACACUUUGUGGCAACUGUGCAAAGCAGGCCACUGAUUAUCUUACUAAUAAUUGCUUCUCAGUGCUCUCCUCCUUCAUCUGCCCUAGAGAGGAAAACUUUCCCCCUGUAUCCUAUCCUGUUGGAUAACGGCAUAAAUGGAAUUGUGGGAGUAACACCACAGUAUGGGCUGUGUGUACCUACAUUUCUUCUCUAAGUUCCCUCCUUCUCUAGACUUUAAUGUAGACCCAGUCUGUGAUCUUCAAAUAUACUCCUUCCCCAUCAGUUUUAAAAGGAAGAAGGCUAAUUGAAGGCUAUCCUUUAACUCACCACUGUUGUCAGCUGUGGAAUCCAAUACAGUGCUUUCAUCUACUGACAGUGAUGUAGUGGUUAUUAAAUGCAAUAGAAAUCAUUCAGACCUCUUUUCAUUAAAACUUCACUCAUAUCUGGUUUUCUGUGUUCUUGGGAAGAGCUGGGUGGAAAUACAGAGCUAGAGAAUUGUAACCCUAUAUUGUUUUUUUGAGGGAGAGGGCAUUCAAGAACAGAAUAGGCAUUUGCAUUUGAAGUGAAGGAUCGAUGUGUUGUCUUAUUCCUCAGACACUGGGGAGCUGCUCCUCCCCAUCUUGGCACAGGGCUAAGGAGCAAUGAUUCUAAUGGAUUAAACUAUGUAGAAGUGUCAUCUUCUGGGUCCCCAUCAUGGAAUAAAGCACCAAACAUUUGAGAGAUAACCAUUGCUUCUGAUUUAAGAUGUGCCAGAAAAAGUAUGGAAAAAAUGUCAGAGCCCUUCUACUAGCCAGCUUGUUUGAAUACAAACAUAAAAUAUUAAUUUAAAUCAGCUAAAAGGCAUUCAAAACUUGAUGUUCUCUCUUUGCCCCAGAAGUAGUCUGCUGAUAAGAAACAAAUUAAAAAUGCAGAGUUUUCGAAUAGUAAAAACGCUGUGUCUUUCAAAUGAAGUUGGUGUUUUUAUGUGUAACAUUUUGGACUAAAAAAAAAUAAUAUUAAGUGCACAUAAAAAUGAUUACUGUAAAUGGUGAAGACAUCAAAGUUUGGCAUCAAAGUUAAAUGAAAGCGCUUGGAAGUCUGUUUGUUUGAUCUGUACAUUAAAAAGCUUAAAAAGAAGCCAAUGCUCUUUUUUUUUUAGCUGGAACUGGGUAGCCAGUUCAGAUUCUGCUGCAUCCUAGGGAUUCCCAAACUAGGUUAGAUCCAAGCUCAUUAUUUUUGUUGGUGAUUUCUUUUUCUUUUUUUCCUUCUGCAUUUUCCUGGUGCAGUUUUAUGCUGGUGUGCCAGGGAAAGUGAGUUGGAAGAAGCAAUGUGCCGCAGGCAGGAGCGGACACGCUGUGCCACUGAAAUAAGUCUAUUUCCUCUUCUAGACCUUGAAGAAGGUCUACCAAAAUCAAAGGAAAUUGAGUUCUUAGUAACAAACACUUUCAAGAAGGUUAACUGUAGUAAUCUUGACACUGUUUUACCAUUGAAGAUACGCUCCUGUCUUGGCAAGAAGGUAUGAAUUGGGAGAAUGAGUCAGAGGCAUGUUAAUUUAUGCCAGCUAAGGAUCUGCUAAAGAACUGAGACCUAUUAAUGCUCAAUUAAUUUCUGUUCUCUUUUAGGGAAGAAAAUAACGACAUCAAAAGCUUGGAAAGUGGAAUCUAGGAAGAAAUGGUGACUGUGCUUCUUUAGGGCCUUUCACCACAGACCUUUCCAUGCAAUAUCAGUGAUUAACACUUAAAAGAAAACUGUGUAGCACAGAGGAAUUACUCUGGACACUAGGAGUCUUUUGGUACAGUGCAAAUGUGAGGCCUUCAUCUGCAGAGAGCCAAACUUCAGCUUAUUUAGUUUGGGACCUGAAAGUUGUAAGCAACAAGAAAUAAAACUUGGAAUAAGA